AUGACUGUGCGGUAUGAACGGCGGGGGAGAAGAGGCGGUAUUGAUAUGGGAGAUGUAUUGUUUAAUUCGGGUGUAAAGUUGGCGCAAAAAGGCGUUUUUCGGUUGCUGACACACUGUGGGGCGAUAGCGCCUGUGGAGGUGGAGGAGGAGGAGGAGAAGANAGGAGGAGGAGGAGGAGGAGAAGAAGGAGGAGGAGGAGGAGGAAGGGAAGAGGAGGAAAGCAUACUGGUAUCUCUCAUUUCUCCCUAA